AUGAAGUUCACCAUUGUCUCAGUGCUUUUGGCAGCCGCAUCUGCCCUCGCAUUCCCAUUCAAUGUUGAGCGCAGAAACUCCAUCCAAAUAAGUGAUCUCUGGGCCAAAGCCUCUGCCACUGGUGCCGCCAUGCACUUCAUCGUCACCGACCCAAACUACCCUGAAGAUACACCCACCGACUGCAACUUGAUUUGGUCUUACGGCUCAUCUCCCAAGGGAAACGCCCGCUGCAACAACGGCCAAUACUACAUUCGAUUCCCUGAUGGUCCUGUGGACCUCAAGUCCUUCACGCUCGAGCUGGAGAGGGUUUCUGGUCCCAUUCAAGAGAAGGGACAGGCUAAGCUUACCUCAAAGUCUUUAUGGGAAUGCGUGGAUAAUCCACAGGAUGCUGUUCAGCUCGAUUGCAAGUAUCUUGGCGUGUUGAGCAUGAAUGUUUAG